AUGGUCGAAGUCGAGGCUCCUAACAAUAGGCAUCAUCAUAAAAAGACUUAUCAAUAUCAAGAUAAUCUUCCCAAGUUGCCCAUACCUCCUUUAGAAGAAACAGUAGAAAGAUAUUUGGCCGCCGUGAAACCUCUUCAG